AUGCUAUGCAUAGUGUGCAAGAAAAGAAAGAUAAGAUGUGAUAAAGGUAAACCAUGUUCAUCAUGUGUCAAGAAUCAAAUUGAACAUCUUUGUCAAUACUCUGAGGCUCCAGGCAUCACCAAAAGACAACCGGAAAGAAGUCCACAAGAAAAUGGCCAUAGUAAUGAUCACCUUGUGUAUAUCAAGAAACAGUAUCUUGAUGAUCUAACAUCACAAAUGGAGAACCUCCAGGAAUUAGUCCACCACCAACAACAACAACAACAAAUUCAACCACAGCCGCAGCCGCAAUUAGACGUAUCACAUCACGAUGCUGCCUAUUCGAACAUCCAAUUAAAUAAUCCAGUUCUGUUCCAACAACACCCUCCUCCUCCCCCUCCUUAUUCUCAUCCUCCUCCAGUAGCUCCAUACCCACAACAAAACGUAGUCCCUCCUAACUUUCAUCCUCCUCAGAUUCCUAACCCGCCAUAUUCUCAACAAACACCUCACCUACAGCCCACACCGACCCAAUCAGCACUUCCACCCCCCCCUCCACCUCCACGUCCACGGCCACCGUCUUUCUCCAACCAGCAUCUGCCCUUCCCUGCCAUCAAUCUGGCCACAACUCCCAUCUCGCAGUAUCCUCCUUUAGGCAACCACCAGUACCCGUUACCGACCUAUAAUAUUCCGCUCAAUCAGUUCACUCCUUUUUUGUUAAGUCCGGGCAACUACCCACAGGUCACCAAACUCCAAGGAAGCGUUUCAUUCGUAGAUAUCCGGAGCCACUCAUUAUCUGAUAUUGAACCAUCAUACACCAACAGUAGCAGUUGCUGUAGACCUAAUGACAACAAUAGCGGUGAUGAUAUCAACAACACCGCAACAGCUACAAAUGCUACAACCAAUACGGCUGCAACAUUGUGUACGGCUCCUAUUACUCUGUCUUCCACUGGUCCAGAAGUAUCAGAAUCAUCAGCGUCCAAACCACCAGCUAACAAUGGGAUGCAACCAUUCGUGUGCAGUGUGUACAACCAAGAUGGGAGUUACACCAAUCGUCUCAUUGAAAACGAGCGGUUGGCCCGUGAGUUCUGUGGAGACAAUUGCAUUCGAGUGGAAAACUUUGAUGUCCAAGUUCAUCCUUUUUGCGAGAUGUCUUCGUCUCAAUCAGAUAUGCAUAGAUACAUUAGUGAUCUUAAAUCGGUUAUGCCAAAGUGUAUCAACAUACGGAACCUCAAUAAGCUAAGAGAAGUUAGUGGAUCAAUAGGUAUAAAUCCUUAUACUUCGCCAGAAGAGGUAAUCAACUUUCAUAAAGGCUUCAACCCUAUCAUUAUUGAAUUAUCUGGAAGAAGAUCUUGUGGUGGACCACUAAGUUGGAUUAACCUCAAGAGAAAGGACUAUGCUGCAAGGCUAAUAGACAAAAGAGUAAAGCUUGCUAAAGUCGAACAAGAGAAAACAGCUGCUGCUAUCUCAUUACCACAGGGUAUUAAUAGUACCGACUCCAAAGAUCAUCACCAUAAGGAACAGGCAUCUUCUCAAAAAGACAGCACCACCACUCCAACGUCUAUCGAAGCUAAAACAAUUAAAGAGGAGAAACAAGCAGCAGCAGAAAAGGGGAAAGCCAAUAUCGCUCCUUCUUCAAAUCGAAGAGUCUUAACCCUCGAUCUAACAUUAAACAUGACCCACAUUGGUGAGGAAUCCAAAUGGACAGACAUUAUCCAGAAGGUGAUACCGAAGAGAAGAACCAUAUGGACUCUAUUGGAUCUCUACUUUAAUAAAGUGUAUGCUUAUUUUCCAUAUAUUGAUGAAUUGAAGUUUAAAGCACGUCUAUAUCCAAUUAUAGGCCCAUGUUUAUAUGUUGAUGAGAUUCCAAAGGUUAAGAUUGAAGAACGGGUGGAUUUGGCAUACAUUGGAACCCUCUUUUGCUUACUAAGAUUAACAUACCUUCAUGUGUUGCCCUCUGACGAUUUAAAGCUCAAGUCUAUCUUGGAAAGUGAUAACAGUGAUGUCAAUAAAUAUGUGUUGGAGAAUCCAAUUCCUAUUACACUUAUUGACGUUACAGCAGCUUGUAUUGAGCAUUUCUUAUUUGUUAGAAAGCUUUGCUUGCCAGUGUUCCAGUGCUGUUGGUUUUAUAGACUAUACCAGAUUCAUGCUCCUGAAGAUGGUGAAUGCAGUGACCCUGCCAUAGCUCAAGUGGCACAUAGUAUUCUUGUCAGUGUUGCUUUUGCUAUUGGACUCAAUAGGGAACCUUCCCUAAUCUCAGGUUUUGCUUUAACACAAAAGGAAGCUGAAGAACUCAAAGACGAAAGAACCCGCAACUUGUGUAGAAAGUUAUGGUAUUCAUUGUUAUUUGUUGACCAUCAACAAGUCUUUAAUGAAGGUUGUUAUCCUUUAAGACUUACUUCUGCAGAUCAUGAUGUCAUGCUACCUCGACUUUUAGCUGGAGGUUCUAAUUCUACAAACAUAGAAUUGGAAAAGCAAGUGAUGCAGGUAUAUGCUCUUUGGGACAUGUGUGCCGACGGACCAAUACCCAAGAUACUUCAAUUGGUACUCCCAAUGAAUCAAGAAGUUAAAGUGCAUGAGAUCAUGAAACUCCUAAGUCUUGGGGAAAUUGGGGUACUAAAUGCUAUGGGCACCUUCGAUGACUUCCUAGUGGUUAACCCCGAGAAACAUCCAAGUGUGGUUGUUAGAGUCGGCACCUUAAGUUUGUUGAUGUUUGCUUAUUCGGUAUUCCUGAGUCUUUAUUUGGUAUUCAUGGUACACUAUAACGAAAAGUCUAACAAUGCGAUGGAAUAUUUCUAUAUCCAAAAGCUUUUCCAGGAUAAGCUCAUCAAUUGCUUUCCAUAUUUCCUUAAGCUUGUCUACGAUAUUGAUAAUAUUUAUGGAAAUGGAGCAGGGAUGAUGUUGUUCCCUCAAAUCAUUACCAUGAUAGUCAGAACCAUUGAAUGCUUAUUUCUUAUCAUCACCAGGGCCAACUUGUAUCUUUUUUCUAACUCUAAAAAAGAAAAGUUUACAAAGUAUCAUAAGGAAAACAUCUACAGAGCAAGCAAGAUCCUGAAAUACUCCGAAAAGGUUGCCAGAAUUCUGCUAUUUGCAUUAACUAAAUUAGUGACCAAAUAUUAUAUUGCAUGGAAGAAUUAUAAAUCUUUACUGUUGGUAUUAGAUAUGAUUACCAAGGAAAGUUUCUAUGCUGAUAAAGAUCCAUUGAUGGACCAUUUGGGCUCUCAAAUUCCACUUUAUGAAUCGUCAAACCUCUGUGAUAUCUGUGACAAAUCGUUUGAAAAGUUUCUUCAGGUAUCUGAAACCAUAAAGGAACUCGAUCUUCAUGAUUUGCUUGAAAAAAUCACUCGAAGCAGCGCUGAAACUCAAAAGAAUUGGGAAGGUGGUGGACAAACAAAUCACCAAUUUGAUAAAUCCAGUUCGAUGGAAUUAGAGAUGAGGAAAGACGAUUUCAAUGGAAAUAGCUCCUCCACCUCCGCCAAUACCACCACCUCAGCCAACACAGAGCAACAACAUGUAAAGGCAGAAAGUACUAUGGUUUAUUCUUCAGAAGAGUUUCCAGCUACGUGGAAUCGAAAUUACACUGAAGUAUCUUCAGUAGACGCUUCUCCUCUGAAGCAACGUCAAACAGUACUUGCUGAUUACGGAAGACAGUCCAUUGGGAUUUGCCAAGAACAAGAACAAGAACAAGAACAAGAACAAGAAGAGACUUUAAACCAAGACAUUCACAAUGAGAAUAAUAAUCAUUCCGGAACAUACCAUAAUGAUUCUAUUCCAGUAGUUGUUAGUGAUUAUCAAAACAUCCCCAUUGAUAAUGGAGAAGCCAUUGAUUCCAGAUGGCUUCAAAUGGAUACACUUCGAAAGACCAAAACCACUCAAUUUGAUUCUUUAGGACCAUUUUCGGGAAUUGGUGGCUAUCAUAGAGGGAUGGGGAUCCCCUUCCAAUCUGAUAUGCAUAAUGACGAUUUCAUAGAUCAAAUAUACACCAAUCGGUAUAUGCUGGUGGAUGUUGAAAGUUUAGGACGACAAGCAGAUGGUCCCCCAUUUACCAAUGGGAUUACAUCGGAGCUUAAUGCAGAGCUUUUCACCGACAUGGCAUAG